AAGCAGCGCAGCCGGAACAGGACUCGGAAUACGACGAGUGGGCCUGGAAUCAGAUUUCGAAGGAGUUUAAUGCCAGCUACGAGAACUUGCCGCUGAGUGCCCCCUUCUCGGCAGACGAGCUGCAGUGGCGUUGGAACUUGCUGCUACCGACCAUGGGCACCCUUUCGAAGGCGAAGGGACAAAUUCCCUUUCAACUGUGGUCCCUUGUAACGGAGAUCGAACGCUCGCUAAGUACAGAAAAUUUGGAACCACCCAGGGACUUGAGUAUGGCCCAGAACUUUCUACUCACUCAGCUGCCAUUGGAGGAGGCCAUGACGCUCAAUGAGCGUCGGCGACUGGAAGUCGAGUUCCUCGAUAUCUUAUUCCAACACGAAAUGGAGACACAUGCGUCCGUACCACUGGGUCCCGAAGAGCAGGCCUUAGUCAAGACCGAAUACGAUGAAUUCCUCAGAUCUGUUCGGGUCAAGGAGCUGCCCAUAUCGGCUCUGGCAGAACUCUCGCUUGAUGGUCCUCAGUACAAACCAGUCCAACCAAAAAUCGCACACACUUUUGCCAUCCCAGGUCCCCGUCCCAGAACCAAUCUGGUCAUUAGCAGUGUGUCUGGUGGCCAGGAUCUCAUAAAUGUCCCGACGGCGACUGUUUUCAUACCGAUUCAAGCUUUCACGAGCAAUGUGGUUGGACCCAUUAAUCCCGCGCCGGACGUUUCGACACCGCUUGAUAUCAAUCUGAUUACGGAGGUGGAGGUGGCCCUUGCGGCCAUUGAGCUUGCCAUUGAGAUGGAAAAUGUACGGGAAAAUAACCCAGAAGAGGCACAAGAGAAAUCACCGGAGAAAAACCGCACUCCCGUGGAGAAGCCCGAUGAUGCCACUCUAAAUCCUAAUCCGCGGUAUAUACCGAUCAAAAGCGCCAAGUACUACACAAAGAAGCUACUCGUUCGGGUGAAGCGCAUUGAUCAGGACUAG